CAUGAUGGUUUUUUUGUGUGUAUGUGUGAGUGAAUGUGGUGUGUGUAUCAGUAUGUUGUGAGUGAGUGUGAAAGGGAAGGAGGAAGAGGAGAGGAUGAGAGAAGCAGGGCGAGGGGGCUCCGCCAGCACCGUGGGGCCCAGCUCUCUCCCCUCUGAGGGGCCGUGGGGGGGCCCGAACCCCGCUCCCAGAUUGGCAGAUUUGGAGGGGGGCGGGUGGGUUUAAAGCCCUCCCUUAUGUGGGGGGAGGGGCAGCUGGGCAGCUUAGAGCCCCCUUGAGGAAAGGUGUGUGGGGGGGGCACUAGACCCCCCUCCUCUAAAUUGUAAGUGGGGGGGGGGGCUUGCCUUUUUGCACCGAGGCAAGGGGAAGCUUGGAGGGCCCCACCCCACUGCAUAAGCACGGGAAUUUUGCACGGUUAACACCUUCCCCCUUUCCUUCUUUGGCGCGGGGGGGGGGAGGUUGCUAAGGAGCGGGCUGGGUUUCGGGGGAGGGAGGCGAGAGAUGCCCCCCCUCCAUUAAAAAGAAGGUCUGAGCAGGAUUUGGGGAGGGAGGGGGAAGAGGAAAGGCAGCCUCCUCCUCGGCCCUUUAGAUCCCCCCCCCCUCUGCUCCCAAGUGAAUGGAGUUAUUAGAGUAACCAGCCAAGAAGGGGCGAAGUCCCCCCCCCCCACCCUCCUCUUCUUCCUCCUCCUCCAGCCAGCCCAAAGAGUGGGGAGUGGGCUUCGCGAGGGGAGUGGUCUGCCUACAUUUGAAAAGGGGAGGGUGGGUGCUCGGGCAAUUGAGGAAAAUCUCAGUGGUGGGCAGAAGAGGAGGAGGAGUCAGGAGGGAAAGGGGGGUGACUAGAGGUUGCAGCGCGCAUAGGCAAUGCCAGGGCUCCGUCCAGAACUAGGGGUGCCGGCGAUCCCCCAGUAGGCGUGCGGGGCGGCAGGGUCUCUUCGUCCCCUCCUGAAACCAUCUGGGCCAGAGGGCUGCCUUCCCACCCGCCAUCCCCUGCUUUUCUCCCAAGGGCAAGGAAGCAAAGAGUGAAGGGUAAAACAGGAGAAGGGGGCGCGGGUGUGGGGGGCACAGCUGCCAUGGAUCUGGAAUAGCCUCUCUGGGGGAGAUCGGCCCACCCGUCAUCCUCUGGUCCUGCCCCCCAUAUUGGCAGUGGGGGGGCGACGAAGACACACGCACGCACGAAUCCUUCAGCAACUGGCUGGAUCUCUUCUGCCCCCCCACCCCACCAUGACAACAAACCCAGCACUAGAAUCGCCACCUACCCCAUGGCCACACAGCAGGUGAGUACCCCAUCUCUCCCCUAAACCCUUCGUGAUUUUAAAAGGGGGGGGUUUCCCCGACCACCUCCCAUCUCCUCCCAAUCUCAGGCACCUUUGGCUGGUUCUUCUCUGGGAUGUGUGUAGAUGCUUGUGUGUGUGUGUGCGUGUGUGUUUUGUGUGUGUAGCGAUUGUAAAAGACAGCUAGCAUCUUUUUUUCUUCCCGAGACUGCUGAUGGGUAAGGAAGACUCUCCGGUGGUUGGAUGCGCUUCCCGAAGCCCUGCUAGUAGCUGAGGCGGGACGUAGCCAAUGUCGUCCAGCAAAGGGGCGGGGGCUGGAGCUCGCCGGCGGCGGACGCGGUGCCGGAAGUGUAAAGCUUGCCUGCGAUCGGAGUGCGGGGAGUGCCACUUCUGCAAGGACAUGAAGAAAUUCGGGGGGCCCGGGCGCAUGAAGCAGUCGUGCCUCCAGAGGCAGUGCACGGCGCCAGUUCUACCUCACACAGCUGUGUGCCUGGUGUGUGGGGAGGCUGGGAAAGAAGACACAGUGGAGGGCGAAGAGGAGAAGUUCAACCUGUCACUCAUGGAAUGUACCAUCUGCAACGAGAUUGUGCAUCCAGGCUGCUUAAAGAUGGGAAGAGCCGAAGGUGUCAUAAACAACGAAAUCCCGAACUGCUGGGAAUGUCCCAAGUGUAAGAGAGAAGGCAAAUCGAUGAAAGACUCGGGCGAUGGCACGGGGAAGCGGCGGUCGGACAACGGCGAGGAGGGGGUCCGGUGGAAGCUGACGGACGAGCCCGCUCAGAACAAGAAGAAGUUGGCCCCGCCCACCCCCCUGCCCCAGCUGUCCGCCGAGGAGAGCCAAGUCCAAGCCGGAAUCCACAAGCGCAAGAAGGAGAAGGAGCUGCCGCCCCUGGACACGGGACCCAAGAAAAAGUUAAAAGGCACACGGGAAAAGCAUUUGAAAAAGGCCAGCGAUCAGCCCCCUGAUGGGAACAAGUUGCAAUCGAUGCAGACCUGGAGCCGCACGGGCAGCGGGGACUUCGAGGUGAAGGGCACCAUCUCCCACCCAUCCAUCCACCUGAACCAGAUCACGGCCAGCGACUUGGAGAAGCCGAAGGUUCCUUCGGGCCCCUUGGAGCCCUCAGCUCAGUCGGACAAGUCGCAUCAGCGCGAGAAGCUGGAGCGUUUCAAGCAGAUGUGCCAGAUGUUGGAGCGGGUCAAGAACAGCAGCAGCUCGAGCUCCAGUUCGGACUCUGACUCCGACACGGACUCUCGGGGCUCCGACGGCUCCAGCGGAGGGGUCUCGAGCCGCGCCGCCUCCCCGGCCACCCGCUCCCAGCGCCUGGCCGCCUUGGGCUUCAGCGCCAGCGAGGAAGAAGAGGAGGAGGAGGAGGAGGAAGAGGAGGAGGAGGAGGAGGGCGGGAGGCGCAAUGGCGGCUCGGAGACGGCGCGCAAUGGCAAGCAGCCGAAAGCUCGAGGGAACUCUCAGGAGAAAGAGAACAAUCACCGGCCCGGCUCCAGUGCAGGUGGGGGAGCUGAAAGCGAGGCAAGGCAGGCAGGCGGGUGGGCUGCAAGUCGGAGCGGCUCCGCUUGAACGGGCAGACAGGGACUCCGCGAUGUGGUGGCUCACCGGACUCAAUUCCUCAACUGGCCCCUGGUGCCCUCCCCUCCCAAACCUCUGCUGCAGCUGGAGAGGCACGUGGUCCGACCUCCCCCCGACAGCCCCGAACCCGACUCAUUGCCCCUGGACAGCGGCUCUGACCACAUCAUGCAGAGGGACGUUUGGUUGGCCGUCUUCCAAUACCUCAGCUAUCGGGAGCUGUGCGUCUGCAUGAGGGUGUGCCGGACAUGGAGCCGUUGGUGAGUGGCCACGUUGGCCU